AUGUGUACAAGAAGGCGAUUUUUUCAACAAUAGAGUCAUUUUUCCUGAAAUUGAUUGUACUUUACGUACAAACGAAACAUUUAGAAAUCGAAUUCACAUUGAACAUCACAUAGUUUGUUUAGGUGUCAUGAAAAGAUUGCUGCAAUUAUGGGUUAAAGGCAACAAAAAUAUUAGAUUGUCAGCAGAAGGUGUAAAUUUAGUUUCGAAUUAUCUAAUUGCGAUUAAGUCCUGUAUUCCAUCUGAAUUUGCCAGAAAACCAAGAAGUUUACAUGAUCUGGACAGAUGGAAAGCUACAGAGUUUCGUCAAUUCUUAAUGUAUACUGGAAUUGUUAUUAUGAAAUCAAUAAUGCGACCGAUACUUUACGAUCAUUUUGUCUCUCUUAGUGUUGCUAUAAGGAUAUUAAGCGAUCCGCAAUUAUGUAUAUCAUUUAAUGCUUAUGCAAAUUCUCUAUUAGUAUGGUUUGUUUCCAAUUAUGGAAAUAUUUAUGGUAAUGAAUAUUUGUCAUACAAUGUUCAUAAUCUCGUUCAUCUUGCCAACGAUGUAAAAACUUUUGGUUGUUUAGACAAUUUUAGCUGCUUUAAAUUUGAAAAUCAUAUGCAAAAAAUUAAAAAGAAGUUACAUCAAUCUGGAAAACCAUUACAAGAAUGAUCAAAUCGAAUCUUUGAAGAAUUACAAGUACCAAUCCAGCCGCUCAAUCACACGAUGCAAUAUCCAAUUGUAGUUUAUAAACAUCAAUCAGAUAAUAAGGACAUUUCUUAUUUACAAUUUAAAUGUUUCAAGAUUGGAAUAAAUAAAAGUGACAAUUGUGCUUUUUUCGAUGAUAACUCGGUGGUUUUUAUUUUUGAUAUAUUUCAACAAAAUCGGGUGUUAUGUACCCGUGUAAAACGUUUUAUAAAUCCAAAAUCGUUUUUUACUGCACCGUGCGAUUCGAGAAAGCUUGGCAUAUUUCUAUUAUCAAACACUACUACAUUUGACAUUAUAACAAUUCCAGUAACACGAAUACAAAUGAAAUGUUUUAAAGUGAAAUAUCUUGAUGAAGUUGAUUCUUAUGUUACAAUACCGCUUCCUCUUACUAAUGAUUAGAUUUUGAUAUCUUGGAUUCUGAAGGUUAUCAAAAGAUCGCAAGGCAAGAAUGUCGAAUUACAAUUAUGCGGUUGUAUAGUUCCCCGCAGACUAAACAUAUUCAGAAAUACCAAUAACAUGGCUUAAAGAAGAUGACUCGCAGUGCUGGUGGCCGCCUAGAACAUCAAACUGUCCGCAGAUGAUUGCAAACUGUGAAAGUCCGGAUUAUAAAACAUGGGCCACUUAUAAAAUAAACGUCGUAAAAUUGUGCACAUCUCUUGAAUCAGCACGAAAACAUGCAGCAGAUUCACAAUAUCAGACGACCGAUGAAGAUCGGUUAGGAAGAGGACAAAGGCCACAUGUAAUCGUUUCAGUAGUGACGCAGAAGAGUGCUCAACAAACAAACCUCGAAAAAAAACAAGUCGACAUUGUUACUUCUAGGCCACCAUCGUGCCCUGAAAAUUUUGGCUUAUCUGAAAAAGGAGCAAACCGCGAAUAUAGACAAGUUACAACGUCACAACAAGCAAAACGACUCAAAACGAACAACACUGGUGUUGCUAAACCACUAUCACAUCCUGAGAGCUCGAAAUCAUUUAAUAAAGGAUCAAACGAUGAACGUAAUAAAAUGUCACAAGGGGAUAGAAACGCCAAUACGAGCACUAUUGUCUGUAGGAAUAAGUCACCAUUGUUGUUUGAUGACCGCGAACCUUCUAAUGUAGAAUAUAACGAUGAAUAUAAUAGCGACGACUAUAAUAACGAUGAAUACAAUAACGAUGAAUCUAAUAACGAUGAACAUAAUAACGAUGAAUAUAAUAGCGACGACUAUAAUAACGAUGAAUCUACUAACGAGGAACAUAAUAACGAUGAAAUUCCAACGUCACAAGUUAAUACACCUUGUAAAAAAACAAAGGAUGAAACGAUAUCACAGUUAAAUAACGGUAAUAUACAAGAAAGCAAUAGUAGCCCAUUAUUAGAAUUUGCUUCCGAUACGGAAAUUGCAUCAGAUGCAAAUGAAUCUUUGUACAAAAAUACCGACGAAAAUAAAAGUCCAUCAAUGCUAGACUGUAGACGAUAUUUAAGGAAGAGAUCUCGACUUGCAUUUCAUUCAGUCAAGAAUAAUGCAAAUGCAACUGUUGCUAAAAAUAGUGAUACAACACUAGUCAACAACACUACUGAAACCGAUGAAGAUGAAGUGAUAGAAGCCAGUCCUAUGCAAAGAAGUGUUGCAUCUAAAGUCAAACAGUGUUUGAAAUUGAAGAGGAAAAUUCCUGUAAAACGUUUAGAUUUUUCAUUAUAUCCUUCGCCUAAACAUAUUUCUACGCAAAUGGAAAAUGUUAAUACAUUAAAAGAUAAAGUUAACAUAAAUUAUCUUUCACCAAUAAAAGUGCAUAAGAAGACCGAUAUUCAAAUUAAAAAAUUUAUUAAAGUCCAAAAUGAAGAUCAACCAUUAACGAAUAAAAUAAAUAAUUUCAAUUUGGAUGACACAGAAAACAAGCCACAAGAAAAAAAAACGAUAUUGGAAAAGUUUAAUGUAAGGUCAAAAAGAAAGGACGUUUCAAAGCAGCUUAACAUGCGAUGUAAAGCUGAUAGAGCAAAAUUAAAAGGCUCGGAUUGCUGGGAAUGCAGAGAAUAUUAUCAGACUUUGAAAUUGUCUAAAGAAAAAUUGCAAAAGCGGAAGAAUCAAUGCUCGCGACAUCGGGACAGAUUUGAGCGACCAAAGACACCAGAAGAACAAGACAAUCAAUCUUCAGGAUUUAAGGAAACUUGGCAAGAUGUACCCGUAAUAAAUUUUGUGUCUCCAUUGCGUGCUCAACAAGCUCUACAGCAGAAGAAUGACGAUAUUUCUCAUAUAAAACGCUGCCUACAGCAACUCUUACAAAUGCAAGCAGCAUCAAAUUUAACUCUCAAGGACAUAAAACAACGACAAAUAAAACUAGAAAAUGUUAUCAAAAGCAUUACACCCAUUGGAUUAAAACCAUUGGAUAGUGAUGACAGUUUGAUUGUGGAAUUAUUACCGUUGGCCACAAUAAAUAAUAUGAAAGAAUUUGAUUCUUUAUUAAAAACUUCAAACGAAGCAGUGACGCAAUUUGUACUACUGUGUCCAAAAAGUAAGGUGACAUUGCAUUUAUUUCGAAAAAUCUUUAUUUAUUCUUGCAAAUCAAUUUCGUCCCCUUCAAAGUAA